AUGGAGAUUUCUGCUCUGAAUGCUGAGCACUUGGUUGUACCAUCCGAUCAAUCUAGAUCAAAGGCAGAGAGGGAUUGGGUUGUCUUUGAAACACCCUCUAAAAGAACCAAGAAAGAACCGGUGACUUCCACAUCAAAGUGGGACGUUCAUGAAGUUUCGACGUGGCAAAAUGACACUCCUCCGCCAAAGCCCAAAAUUUCAUUGUGCCCACCUCUUGGAAAUGAAGCUUGGAAAUGGCAAGGUGUACCUCACGCAUUGUGUGGGCUUCAAAACCUGGGCAAUAGUUGCUUCAUUAAUAGUACCCUUCAGGCCUUGUUUCAUUUACCUGCUGUGUUGAGGUGGUUUGUAUUAGCCGAGAAGGCUCACAGGAGGGAUUGCAGGAGAUCACUAUGCCUUUCCUGCUGCAUCUUCCGGAUAUUAAUAGAGAUGAUAAGAAGUAGGGGCAGUUUCCGACCUGCAGGAUUAAUGGCUGUACUGAGAGUUCAUUUGAAAGGUAGGCUCAUGAAUGGGAAGCAAGAGGACUGCCAAGAAUUUCUUAUCAGUCUUCUGGAUUGCCUAGACAAUGAAUUUUUACACAUGUUUCAGCAAAUGAAGCUGGAUUAUGUAUCAAAACUGACCACACCUAUGAACAGAAUAUUUCUGGGAUGGUUGAAAACAUCUUGCACAUGCUUGAACUGUGGCUUUGUUGGAGAUACUUAUGCUCCAUUUUGCCAUUUGGAAAUUACCCCACAACCAAACGUGAAGUGUGUGGUGCAGGAUCAUCUAUUCAAUUAUUUUAAUGUGCAGGAUGGAAUUCCCUUAAAAUGCAGGGGCUGCAAGGUACAAGCCACAUGUAAGAGAAAAUACAAUGUGUAUGAAAGCCCACAUGUUUUGGUUGUACAAAUCCUGAGAUAUGUGUUUGAUCAAAAAACGCUUCAGAAAAAUGAAGAUCCAUUUCACCUUGAUAAAGAAGUUCAAUUACCUCAAGGUGGUCAAUAUAUAUUAAAUAAUGCUAUCGUCCACCUUGGCGUAUCUGUUGAUGUAGGCCACUACAAAACAAUUUCAAACUGCCCACCUGGUGUAACAUAUUGUUUCAAUGACGCAAAGGUUGUUCCAGGGUCAUUUGAUGAUCUGGAUGUUCAAAAGGGAGCCUAUAUCCUAUUUUACUCAAAAAAAGAUACAGAACCUGAUACAUUGAAAAAGUCAAAUGCCACUCCUACUCUACCUGUAAAAGACUUGGAUUCAAAAACACCUGAACAGAAGGAACACAAAGGAGUGCCUCCUCUCACUGUUAGGAGAACAAAAAGGACUGAACCUAAGGCCAGUUCCAGUCAAUCCUCACAUGACUAUAAAAUUGUGGAGAAUACCUUCAAUCAUGAUGAAGUUGGCCGGGCUUCUAGAGUGUCUCCUCUCAUUGUAAAACAAGUUGCAAGGUGUACCAAAUGA